CUCCAGGGUUGGUGAACCAUAUGUGUGACAUUCUCAGACUGUGGCCACAUUACAUCAUUCUAAGGACCCUAAACGGCCCCCGAGCCACACGUUGGCCACCCCUGAUCCAACAUGAAAUAUGGAGGCUUGCGCUCUGAGUUUGGACCUUCACGCUGGGGCAGACAUCCACCCUGCACCGCCUCCACGCUCAUUGUUGCAUCAGACCGAAUGAUGGCGGCGGCAGCAGCGGCUAUAUAACCGGAUGAGAGCGGCUCUUCUAUUGGCUCAUCGGCAUCGGAAGGCCGAGUGUCAGCUGGGAGGCAGGCAGAGGCGCAGCACGCCGCCCCAGGAAAUGAGCCAGAGCCGGGCGCAGGAUGCUGCCUGAGGAUUAGGACCUUCGGAGCCGCACCGGAGCGCUUUCCGUUAUUCACACGUGAGGCGCACCGGAGCGCAUCUGAUGAAGGAAGUCCUGCUCUCCGGUUCUCCGCCGCUUCCUGCUCCGCUUUCAGUUUCUCUCGAUCAGCCGGCGGCUCCUCUUGGGGCAAGCUGAGCCUCAUGGUGGCGGGAGAGCUCGUGCAGGAGCACCUGCGCGCGGACACCGGCGCACCUGACGACGUCACGGCCGGCAGGAAGAGUCCCGGGCCGGGGGGCGCGCGGCCGGCGGCAGACUUCUACCCGGCAUGCGGCGCGCAGCCGGCGGCGGCGGGCGUGGCGGAACCGCUCCGGGAUCCGGAGGAGGUGGAGGCGCCGCCGGAUGAAAGAGAGGCGAUGCUGCCCAGCGCCGGAGGAGGAGGCGAGGCUGCGGAGGCUGACGGGAAGACGCUGGAAACCAAAGUGUACCGGCGGCGGUUCGCGGUGCUGACAGUGUUCAGCCUGUACUCCCUGAUCAACGCCUUCCAGUGGAUCCACUACAGCAUCAUCACCAACGUGUUCACCAACUACUACGGCGUGAGCAACGACAAGGUGGACUGGCUCUCCAUCGUCUACAUGGUCGCCUACAUCCCGCUCAUCUUCCCGGCCACCUGGCUGCUGGACCGCAGGGGGCUGCGGCUCACGGCCCUGCUCGGCUCCGGCCUCAACUGCGCCGGCGCAUGGCUCAAGUGCGCCAGCGUCAGCCCCGACCGCUUCUGGGUCACCGUCAGCGCGCAGGUCAUCUGCUCCGUGGCGCAGGUCUUCAUCCUCGGCCUGCCGUCGCGCAUCGCCUCGGUGUGGUUCGGACCGCGGGAGGUGUCCACGGCGUGCGCCACGGCCGUGCUGGGGAACCAGCUGGGGACAGCCAUUGGGUUCCUCCUGCCUCCAGUUCUGGUUCCUAACACACCGGAGGACCUGGAACUAACAGGUCACAACAUCAGCAUCAUGUUUUAUGGAACAGCUGCUGUCUCCACUGGCCUCUUCAUCCUCACCGUCAUAGUGAUCAGAGACAGACCUGCUGUCCCCCCCAGCCAGGCCCAGGCUGUGCUGCCAGGCUCCCCGCUGGAAGACUACUCCUACAAGCAGUCCAUCAUCAACCUGAUGAAGAACAAAGCCUUCGUCCUGCUGCUCGUCAGCUACGGAAUGCUGACCGGCUCCUUCUACUCCGUCUCCACGCUGCUCAACCAGAUGAUCAUUCACUAUUUCAAGAACCAGGAGCUGAACGCCGGCAGGAUCGGGCUGACUCUGGUCGUGGUGGGAAUGGUCGGCUCCAUCCUCUGCGGGCUUUGGCUGGACCACAGCAAGACCUACAAAGUCACCACUCUGGUCGUCUACAUCCUGUCGUUUCUGGGAAUGCUGGUCUUCACCUUCACGCUUCACCUGGACAACAUCUACCUGGUCUUUGUCACAGCAGGUGUGCUCGGGUUCUUCAUGACGGGUUACCUGCCUCUGGGCUUUGAGUUCGGAGUGGAGAUCACGUACCCAGAGUCUGAGGGAACGUCUUCAGGACUCCUCAACGCUUUCGCCCAGAUCUUCGGGAUCAUCUUCACUCUAAUUCAGGGCAAGCUGACCACAGACUUUGACCCGUUCGCGGGGAACCUGUUCCUCUGCGCCUGGAUCUUCCUGGGAGUGGUUCUGACCGCCUUAAUAAAGUCUGAGCUGAAGCGACACAACGUGAACAUGGCGUCAGAGAGAAACAACCUGCAGACACUUCCUCCGGAGUGUCCUGGCGACGGCGCUGCAGGAAACAAACCCAAUGGCGUCCAGCUGGAGCCGUCGCUCGGUUUCGCUCGAGAAACGUCGCUGUGACCUCGGAGCGUUCCCAGAGUUCCUGUCGCCACGGUUCUCCUUCGUUCUUGUGACGUGACAGAAGACAUUCCAGCAUGACAGUUUCUCAUCACCUCGGUGUUUCCAUCUAAAGGGGAAGCUGGCUCCUCCUCAGCUUCACCACCAGAACCGGUCCAACCCAAACCCUGGGGGUGUCGGUGGCUUCGUGCCGGACAGACUGGGUCCGGUCGUCAGAACGUAGGAACAUGGCAGCGUUUAGAUAAAUCACUAUGCAGGACCAGUAAAAGCAGCUGCACUUUGUGUGAUGUGGCUGCAGCUGCAGCUUUGGACCUGCCGGUUCUGAGAGCGCAGCUUUGAUUAGAAAACAUGAAUGUGGAGCAGCGGUCCAGAUCUUUCAUGCCGGGUCGGUCCUGGAUCUGCAGGAAACGUCUCGUCCUCCGAGGAAUCGUGUUUCAGAGACCAGUUUCUUUUCCACGUUCU